AUGGCCGGAGCGCUGGAGUCGCUGGAGUCGUGCCUGGAGCGGCACAUCCCGCCCGAGGAGCUCGCCGAGGUGAAGCGGAUCCUCUAUGGGGGCGAGGCCAGAAAACUUGAUUUGCCAACUGCUGCACUGUCAGCAGCUCAGGAAAAGGAUUUUGAGCUGCAGGGCUAUGGAUUUGAAGCUGCUCCGGAGCAAUUGAGAAGGCCACGUAUUGUUCGAGUGGGACUGAUACAGAAUAAACUUCCUCUUCCCACAGACACAGCAGUGGCAGUCCAGGUGGCUGCUCUGCACAGACGCAUCGAGGACAUGGUGGGAGUGGCUGCAAUGUGUGGGGUCAACAUUGUGUGUUUCCAGGAGGCUUGGACCAUGCCCUUUGCUUUUUGUACAAGAGAGAAACUUCCCUGGACUGAAUUUGCUGAGUCAGCAGAGGAUGGGCCAACAACAAAAUUCUGUCAAGAGCUUGCAAAGAAGUACAAUAUGGUUGUGGUGUCUCCAAUCCUGGAGAGAGAUGAACUGCAUGGUGGAAUUCUGUGGAAUACUGCAGUGGUCAUUUCUAAUUCUGGAGCACUCCUUGGAAAAAGUAGGAAAAAUCACAUUCCAAGGGUUGGAGAUUUCAAUGAGUCUACUUACUACAUGGAAGGAAACACAGGACACCCAGUGUUUCAGACACAGUUUGGGACAAUUGCUGUGAACAUCUGCUAUGGGCGCCACCACCCUCUGAACUGGCUCAUGUAUAGCAUGAAUGGAGCAGAGAUCAUCUUUAACCCUUCAGCCACUAUUGGCUCACUCAGCGAGGCGCUGUGGCCCAUCGAAGCCAGGAACGCGGCCAUCGCCAAUCACUGCUUCACCUGUCCCAUCAACAGAGUAGGAACGGAGUACUACAAAAACGCUUUUACUUCUGGAGAUGGUGGAAAAGCACACCAUGAGCUGGGCCAUUUCUACGGCUCGAGUUACGUGGCUGCGCCAGACGGCAGCAGGACCCCGGGGCUCUCUCGCACUCAGGAUGGGCUGCUGGUGGCAGAGAUGGACCUCAACCUCUGCAGGCAAGUCAGUGACAAAUGGAAUUUUAAGAUGACUGGUAGAUACGAAAUGUAUGCAGAAAAGCUCGCUGAAGCAAUCCAGCCUUUCUUUAUACCCAAUAUCAUCAAAGAGUAAGAGAGAGCAUCUCAUUACACUCAAAUGUUACAAGACAAAUUCAAACUUACUGUUGGAAUUACUGUGAAUCACAAGGUGCUUUUUUAAUGCUCUUUAAUGUCAGUUUAAUUUCAUGUAACCAAUUUUAAAUAAUAAGAUUCAAAACUGCAUUAUGUAAAAUAAUUGAAAAUGGCUGAAAUGUUAUUUACAGUAAUGGAUCCAAAGUUUUGUUCCUUGCUAGAAGUACAUCCAGUGUUUUCCUAGAGUAGAAACACAGAGUGCACUGUGAUAUAGUUGAGAUCAGAGGACAUGAAAAUUUUUACCUAAACUUUGCAUUGUACAUCUAUUUCCACUUUCCAGUUUUUACCCUCUGCCCAAAUGCAUAAUUUAGGGAGAAAGGAGGAAGAAAUUGUUUUCAUCUGGGUUGUUUUCUUUUUCUGCUUAAAACUGCCUGAUGCAGUUCUGUUACAGCUGAAUCAUGUCCCAGACAUCCCAGUUGCUCCAAGGUCUGUGGUGCUGUGAAGCAAGACCACUUUGGUUCUGCUGCCUUUGACACAACCACAGCUGGAGCAGUGUCUUUGCUGGGCCCUUCAAGGUGAGAAGUCAUGCUCAGAGAGAUGCUUUGGUAUCUUCCAAAGCUCAGUGCCCUUGUGGGAAGCAGAAAUAGAGACCCUGGCCAGAGCACAGGCUGGGGCAGUUGCGUGCUUGUCACUGUGAACAGAAAGCUCAGGAUGGGGAAGGAAAACUCUGGGGUGCACUCCAGCAGGAGAGGUGGUGGCUGCAGAGUGCACAAACCAGCUGUGGAAUAAAGCUGGUAAUGAUACAUUUGCUAUUCUUAGCUAGUACUGUAUUCUGAAAUUGUGCUUCUUAUGAUUUGGGUGAUGGCAAUAGGUGUACAGGCAAUGCAGACUGAAUACAGUUUACAGCCCCCCAACUAUGAAUUUAUAGCUGUAAUAAACAUUGAACUCUUGUUUCUGUUUUUCUGAAUUACGAUUUCAGAUUUUCAAAAACAUUCUUCCUAAUAAACUUGUUAAUAAAUGCACUUGCUACAUUAUGUUACAGGGUUAUUUGUGAGUUUAACUUUAUUGAGAAUGGCUUAAUUACAAAUAAAAAUAUAUUUAUGUAUAAAAUCCCUGCAUGUAAAAUCCCCUUCCUUUGCUAUUGACAUCCUGACAGAAACAAAGCAACAGAACAUUUUGAGAGUGAGAGUUUUGAUAGACAAUCUUGUAAUAGGAAAAAAAGUUUCAGAAAAUGCAGAUGUUCUGGAUGCUUGUGCAGUGAGCUGAGUUUUCAGCUGAAUUUGUGUCAUACUCAGUCUUUUCACUUGGCUUUUGCUUCUUCCUCAUGUUUUCAUCUCAUAUCCAUCUUCCAUUUGGCAGCUGUGUGAGAUCCUGUUGCAACAGCGACCUCUCCUUUUGUCUGCACUAGCUCAGACAGCUUUGUUUGUCUUUCACUGUUGAAGCAUUUAAAGCCUGGGUACCCAACACUUACCAGUCCACAUUGUUACACCUGUGUGUGCACUUCAGAACACUAAGCUUGCCCUUAAAUUCAUAUUUCCUAUAUGCCCAGGAUUCACUUUUGGCAAUGGAAACAGCAGAUGCUAAAUGUCAAUUACAAGCCUUUGUAAGAAUUGUCUUUAUUAAACUAAUCAAGCCUGCUCUAAGAUAAAUCCUGUGGCAGUUUAAUAGUAUUGAACUACCUACCUGAAAAUGCAUGGGUUAAGGAAGUACUCUAACAGCCUGUAGCUUCCAUACCUGUUAAUUAUUAACAGAGCUAAUACACUUUCUCAAAAUCAAGCAUCACAAUUUUGGCCCUGGACAUAAAAAUUCCCAGAUCAGGAGUCUUCUGGUUCCUUCCUUUGGAGGAGUUGAAAGGUAUUCUCUGCAACAGGUUUUGUACCUUUCUUCUGGAGGGAUUCUGCUGCUGGCACUGAAUGGACCAGUUCUACACAAAUCACAUCCUACCUGUUCUCAUCAGUGCCAGAAUGUAUUUACACUUCACCAAUCAUAAGCAAAAUUUGACACACAAAAUUUCCUGUUGUGCACUUUUGUUUGGAAUUUUUUAAGGGUUACUGCAUUUUACAUGUCUGUUACUAUUUUCUGCCUUUGUACAAAGGAGCACUCUUGAUUCUACUUAGUCAACACUGUAUCCUUUUCAGUUAGUCAACAACUGACAAAAUGUGUAUCUUGGUAAAAAAUCUUUCUAUGCUGAAAGCAGAUUCCUAUUUAUUAUAGCCACCAGUAAGUCACAGUAUCCUUUUACUGUGAUUCCACAUAGUUCCAUAACUUCAACAGUUUUUUUCCUAAACCCAUACCAGAGAUAUUGGAUCUCUGUCUUAAGGGCAAAUUUUCCUUGUUUUACAUCUGUGCUGAUUUUCCUACUCACUUUCAUAUAGGCAAGACUGAAGAUUGAGAUGUUGAAGAAGUUAGGAUGAACAAAGCUGAAGUGGCUUUUUUAACACUUCAGAGUGCUCCUCUAGUAACAGAGGAAAGGGUUAUUAAUGGGCUGCUACCAAUUUCACUUAAUGUCUCAAUACAGCAACAACUUAAUCCAAAUACAGUUGUAGUACAAGAGCUAGAAAAAUCUAAGUUCCUGCCUUCUUACUUAUAGCAGAGAUGUUUGUACUUCUUUUUUUCUUGCAUGAUUUUAGCUCUUCUUAGAAAGUCAAUGACUAAUACCAACAGCAAAAUUUGGCUCAAAUUAUGAUUCAGCAUUUUAGUACAAUGCAGUAGAUGCUGUCAGAUAUUUACACUUUACACACAAAAUAUAUACCAUUAGUGUGGAUGAUAAUUUUCUGCAUUUGCUUAGUAAGUUUAAAUGUUUAGAACAUUCAUAUUUAAGAAUGGAUUCUGCAGAAACUGGCACACGUGGGUGGAAUAACAUUCAGAGCUUUUUGUGAAGAGCAGUAGAGAUUUCAAGUGCAAAUAAAAUCUUUCCACCUAAGUUCUGGAGCAAUCUAGAGCUCUGAGCAGUCAUCCAAGAGGAUUUAACCAGAAAAGAUUGAGUGUGUAGUGCAAGGGAGCAAUUCCAGUAUUGCAGUUGCAUAAAUGCUAAAUCUCUGAAUUUGGUACAUGGGAUGUUUCCUACAUUGCAGACAAUACUGAUGAGCCAGCAAGUUUUUGUUAUUUAUAAAUAGUUAACAUUUUUUCCUUUUAUAAUACUCUGCUGAACUUCAAAUCCAUAGAGUUUGGAUGAAGAGCAGCCCUUGAUGCUUUGACAGAGAGAGAAACAGGUAUUUUCUGGGGUUUUUUUCUUUGUUUACCUAAACCUAUGCAAAUAUUACUAAGUGUUAAAGUUCAUAAAUUUGGUGCUUUUUUUCUUAGGUGUUUGAUUUGAAAAUAAGCUGAAAGUGAACAGGCUCUGGGGGCUGUAUUUCAAACUGCUGUUCAAAUGUGCAAUGUUGAAAAUUAGGGAAAAAAAAAAAACAAAACCAAGAAAACAGAGACAGACAUUGCAAAAUCAGAUACAUCAUCAGAAAAAAAAAAAUAA